GAGCGUUAUAUUUAGAAGUAUAAUAAUUUCCAAAUACCUCUUAUAGCAUAUUAUGCAGAACAUAGAAAAUCAUGGGAGAGAACAAGUCGGUUCCGAUUGGAGGGAUGGCCUAAACAAUAUGACGUCAUCAAGAUCUAAAUUUUAGUGGCAAAUCUUUGGAUGGCGGAUGGAGGCAGUGAGUGUAUCACUUAUAUAUCAGCAAAUAAAAUACUCAUCAGUGAAAGUAUUAAGAAAUUCGCAGUGUUUAUUUAAAGAAAGGCCAUCCAUCAGUACGCGGCGAGCAGUAGCUCAUAAUGACGAAUGAUAUCCGGACUGGACGAGUCCAAACACUUGGCCCCGACCUGGCGUUGUUGCUUCGUGCGCUGAAUGUGUACUUCGGCCAUGAUCCGCAUACGGUCACCUGCUCAAACGUCGCGAGGGAAGAUGAAUAAACUGUGUUUGUUGGAAAAAGUGAUUUGCUCUUAUUUCUUCGUACGAGAACUGCAUAUUCGAGUUCGUGUGAAAUAGUGUGUAGUGUGGAACUCAAUAUAAACGAGCACUCCCAAUGUGAUUUGAGAUGAAACGUCGGACGGAGGAGGCAGUGAAGCAAGAGAAUAGUGUGGCCAGUGUUUACGGUGCACCACCCCGCCACCAGGGGGGAGGGGCAGCUACAACCCCUCUCUCACCACAUACAUCCAGUACUCGCAUUGUAGCCUCUCAUACAGGUUCUAGUGUGGUACAGUCCACGUUCUCACCACUGAAAGGAGCAUCUGGAGGGGGAGACAGGGAGGUAAUGCCAAGCAGUGUUCAGUUUCCAGUGCAGCCCAGUUACAGUGCAGCCAUGCCUGGAGCCACUACUACCACUGCAGUCAAGGCCCCCAACAGUGGGCUGCAGGGAGGUGCCCCCAGUGUCAGCAGUUUGCAGUCUCAAGCCCAUCAGCAACAUACGUUGCAUCAGGCCCAGGCACACCAAAAUUUGCGGCACAAGGUUAAUGGAGUUGGAGGUGCAGCAGCAGCAGCAGCAGCAGCGCCAUCUGCACCCUCUGUGUCUGUGUCAGCCAGCUCAGCUGGGGCUGGACAACAGCAGUUCCAGAGGUUGAAGGUAGAAGAUGCACUUUCCUACCUGGACCAGGUCAAGUACAAGUUUGGAAAUCAGCCACAGGUGUACAACGACUUCCUGGACAUUAUGAAGGAGUUCAAGAGCCAGAGCAUUGACACACCAGGAGUUAUCCAACGGGUGUCAAACUUAUUCAAGGGUCACCCAGAGCUUAUUGUUGGUUUUAACACUUUCCUUCCACCUGGCUACAAGAUUGAAGUGCAAGCCAAUGACCAGGGCUAUGCAUUCCAGGUAUCAGUAUCGAUGCCAAGUCCCACAGCUGCCACAACAACAUUGGUGCAUACACCAGGCUCCAUUACACAUCACUCAAUAAUUCCCACCACCUUGAGCUCACCAGUAGGUAGUGCUGGACUAGCAGGGGUUCCUACAUGUGGGACCGGAGGUGUGGGAUCAGCACAGCAUGUUGGUAAUGCUGUAGGCUCCAUUCCUGGAGGUCCAGCUGCAGCCCCAGGAAAACCAUCUCUGUCUCUGCACAGUGGUUCUUCAAGUCAUCACUCAGGUUCAAGCCUGGGUGGCUCUACAGGUUCCUCGCAUCAUGUGGUAUCCUCAGUUCCUUCUGGGACGUCUUCAUCUCCAGGAUCCGGAGCAGGGUCUCUGUCAACGGUCUCCAGUGGACAGCAACACCAUGGGUAUGCCCCCACACCAAACAAUUCAGCUAUCCAUCACAACAACAGCCACCAUGGGCAUGGCCACGGUCCAGUUACGCAGGCUCAGGCAAUGUCUCAGGCAGCACACCAAGCUGUGUCUCAGGCUUUGAGUCAUGCAGAGUCUGGCACUGGCGGUGCCAUUCACCCCACACCACAGAGCCAGCCAGUGGAGUUCAAUCAUGCCAUUAACUAUGUCAACAAAAUUAAGAACCGUUUCCAGGGUCAGCCUGAUAAGUACAAGCGUUUCCUUGAAAUCCUCCAUACUUACCAAAAGGAACAACGCAACUUGAAGGAGGGCCUGAGCACUCCGGGUAAGCACCUGACUGAAGCAGAAGUAUACUCCCAGGUUGCCAAGCUGUUCGAGAACCAAGAGGAUUUGCUUGCAGAGUUUGGACAAUUCCUACCAGAUGCAACCAGCCAUCAAGCAGCUCUGAGCAACAAGGGUGCUAGCAGUGAUCACUCAUCCAUUGCAAAGAAGCCUUCAAGUGGUCUGAAACCUGGCUACAAUAACUCGUGUACCAGUGGAGCUGGUAGUCGACAUGAAGGUGGGGGAGGGGCUCUGUCAAGUGGACUGUCAGACCGCAGUGGGCUGGGGAAGUUUGGUCACUCAGGUCACAGCAGCAGUGGCCAGGUGAAGCGCUCUCCCUCCUUUUCCACUUCAGCCCCUGCAGCACAUGGUCCCCCCACCAAAAAACACAAGAUGGCAUCACUGAGGGAUGUCUCUCUUACAGAGGCUGGGAAAUAUGGCAGCCUUAAUGAUUAUGCCUUUUUUGAUAAGGCACGAAAGGCACUAAAGAAUCAAGAUGUGUAUGAGAACUUUUUGCGGUGUCUAGUGCUCUUCAAUCAGGAGAUCGUCUCCAAGUCAGAGCUCGUGCAGCUCGUCACACCAUUCCUCGGAAAAUUUCCUGAACUCUUCCGCUGGUUCAAGGAUUUCCUGGGACACAAUGAGGGCAGUGGAGGAGCUGCGUCAGCUGUGGGUGGCCCUCAAGGUCCUGGAGCAGUUGGAGUGGAAGCUAUUUCCAACAAUGUGGCCAGACAGGACAGACCUGUGGGUGAUCUUGCCAUGGAAAUUGACUACACAACAUGUAAGAGGUUAGGUGCAAGUUACUGUGCAUUACCGAAGAGUUACGUCCAACCAAAGUGCUCAGGCCGCACCGCCCUCUGCAAAGAGGUUCUCAAUGACACAUGGGUCUCAUUCCCUACCUGGUCAGAAGACUCCACAUUUGUAACAUCACGCAAGACUCAAUAUGAGGAAUACAUCUACCGCUGUGAGGAUGAGAGGUUUGAGUUGGAUGUGGUUAUAGAGACUAACGCAGCCACAAUUCGGGUCCUGGAGGGAGUGCAUAAGAAACUUUCAAGACUCUCUCCUGAAGAAGUGGCAAAGUUCCAUCUGGAUGACUGUUUGGGUGGCUGCUCCCCAACCAUCCACCAACGGGCAUUACGGAGGAUAUAUGGUGAUAAAGCACAGGAUAUCAUUGAUGGACUGAAGAAGAAUCCUGUUGUGGCUGUUCCUGUUGUGUUGAGGCGGCUCAAAGCCAAGGAGGAGGAGUGGAGAGAGGCACAGAAGGGCUUCAACAAAAUCUGGCGGGAGCAAAAUGAGAAGUACUACCUCAAGUCCUUGGACCACCAGGGCAUCAACUUCAAACAGAAUGAUGUGAAGGCUCUCCGUUCCAAGUCUCUCUUCAACGAAAUAGAAACACUGUAUGAUGAAAGACAUGAACAGGCAGAAGAGGGGUCUGGGGAGGUAGCAUCGGGGCCUCAUUUGCUACUUCCUUACAAGGAUAAGACUGUACUAGAUGAUGCGGCAAAUCUGCUUAUCCAUCACGUAAAACGUCAGACUGGAAUCCAUAAAGAAGACAAGCAACGUAUCAAGCAACUGCUUCGCCAAUUUGUUCCAGAUCUGUUCUUCCAUCCACGUCAGGAGUUAAGUGAAGAUGAGCGUGAAGAGGAAGAUGAGAAGGAAGAAGUUGACAUGGAUGGGUGCCCUACUAGCAAUGGUAAUCCAAGUGGUUCGGCAUCUGGUACAACAUCGAUUGGUGCCCCUGGUAAUGGAAACUGUUCUGCUGGUGUGAUAGGAGGUAAUGGAAAAGGCCGGAAAAGUGACAUGCCAAUCAAGAAGGAUCCUGACACUGGGGGAGGAUCUGGUGGAGAAGGAGAGAACAAGCAUGGGGAUGGGGACAUCAAGCCUCCUCUCCAUGCGGUUGCCACACAUCCGGAUGAAUGUUACACCCUGAUGUUUGGCAACAACCAUUGGUACCUGUUUCUGCGUCUGCACCAGAUACUUUGUGAGCGUCUUACUCGUAUGUAUGAGCGAGCUGUUGCCCUUGCUGCUGAAGAGGCCAAGAUGAGGCAGGGGCGCAAGGAGUCCACAGCUGUUGCUUUGCGCCUGAAGCCUAAGAGUGAGAUUGAAGUAGAGGACUAUUAUCCAGCAUUCUUGGACAUGGUGAAGAAUGUUCUGGACGGCAACAUGGACAGCAAUGCAUAUGAGGAUACAUUGCGGGAAAUGUUUGGAAUUCAUGCCUACAUAGCUUUCACAUUGGACAAGGUUGUCACAUAUGCAGUUAGACAGCUGCAGUAUCUUGUGUCAGACGAGUCCUGUCAGGAGUGCAUGGAGUUACUACAGCAGGAACAGCGUCGAGGCAGUGCAGGUGGUCUAUGUAGUACAGCCCACAAGAGGGCAGCCGCCGAACUGGCAUACCAGCGGCGUGCAGAGCAGGCCCUGGCAGAUGAGAAUUGUUUUAAAAUUUAUGUGUACAAGCAUGACUGUAAGUUGACAUUGGAGUUGCUGGACACAGAGAUGGAGGAACCAGAACCAGUAGCAGAGACAGAGAAGUGGUCCUCAUAUGUUGAGCGCUAUGCCAAUAGUGGUGUUGAUGGUGUGGCAGGCUCUAACACUGGUGCAGUGGCUGUUGAGGGAACCGAACAUCAGGACCACCGGAUGGAAACAUCUGCUGAUGAGGCAGAUGAGCUGGAACCAUUCCUUGGAGGCAGACACCGUCGAAAGCCAGUGUUCCUGCCUCGUAAUGUAAGGCUGUGGCGUAAGUACUCGUGCCAGAUAAGACAGCCAUUGGACAGGCCAGGGAUUGAAAAGAAGGGUCGAAGCAAGCAGCAGGAAUCGGGGACUGAGGCCACAGAGACGAGUCAAAGUGACUCAGCAGAAACCAGUAAUUCACCCGGCAAACAGCCGGACUGCAAGACCAAGUGUAGUUCUGAGGAUGAACGGACAAGUGAAGGUGGAGUGGGCGAAGAGCAUGGCUCAAAUUGUCGACUGAAUAAUGUGACAGGUAAUGGCAUGGCAAUAGUGGCAGCAGACAACACACAGUGUCGUUUCAAUAUCAAUGCCUACCGCAUGGUGUUCGUGGUAAACAAGGAGAACCUCUUGUACAGGCGGCAGGCCCUGCAUCGUGCAAGACAGUCUCACUCCUCAGUAUCUUUGCGGUUGAGCUGCAAGUUCCGAGGCUGGCAUGGGGGUUGGGCGUCGCAACAUGUAAGUGACUCUCAGCACAAAGUGUGUGUAGACUGGCUCAUGGGACGUGGUGAGGGUGUGGUGCCCAACAGGACACGAGUGUUGACAGACAAUGAUGUGGCGCGGCCUCCUUACAGAUCAUACAAUAGGUACAGAGUGGACAGAUUGGUUGCUGCAGGCGGCGGCAAUGAGCCUUGAAGUGGUGACAGCUGUGUGUGUAAUGCCAUAUUGUGCCUAGUCAAAAGUGCAGCACAUUGUGUGUGGUGACAGAUGUGCUGCCCCUUGAAUCUACUUGAAAGCAAUAUGGACUGCACUGUGGGCAUUGCAGCUAGAAAAUAUGCCAGCCAUAUCAACGUCUAGAAAGCACAAUAAGUGACUUGAGAACAGGCGUAAGACAUCAGUUGUAUGUUGUGUGUAUAUUUGUGAAAAGAUGUGUUUUUAUUAUUUUUUGUACUUAAUUUAAAUAUUGUUGAAAAGACCUUUCCAACAUUGUCCCCACAAAGCUUAAGAAAUGCCAUUAUAUUGGGCCUGUCAUGCAUAGUAAUAAAUCUGCAGUACUACUAAUGGUUAGUUUUGAAGACAACUUGUUUUCAGUCUAAGCAACAUUGCUUUGCAAUGUGUUCAUUUCCUUGUAAUCACCACACUGACGGUACAAAAUGAAGCCCCAGUCUUCACUGCAUCUCUGUACAAAUGCAUAGUAAUAGUUUGUGUCUGUCCACAAACAAAUCUGGUAGAAGUUCUUGCUUAGUUCCUGCUUCACAGAUCAAACAGAAUCAGUGAUUUGUAACUGGCUCCAGAUGUUUCUCUUCCUGGCAGUGUUCAGAAUAUAUGAAUUAGGUUUGAGUUCCAUCUAGUGGUGUUUACAUGCAGCAGCAAGUUAUUAUCCAGUUUAGAAUUGUAUAUUAUAAGUGUACAGUCUUUUAUUCCUGUUUAUAUUUUUCUCUUCAAGAGGCUGAGAGUGUGGGAACCCUGUUUGAUACCGGUGACAAUGCAGUUUUCACUCCACUCAGGUGCUACUUUUUACUGACCAAAUGGUUGAGGGAGGGGGGGGGGAAGGGAAUGGAGGGAUUUUGCUAAUGAAAUUAUUUAUUUUUCUAAUAAAAGUUUGAAGAAAAGAAAUAAAUAUAUAAGCCAGAAGUAUUUUAUUUAUUGACAAGAAACUGCUGUCAGGGUGUCUCGCUUGUGUGCAAACUGUUAACUUGGGUUGGUAGGUAGGUGUUUUGGAAAUGCAGGAUUUGGUAUUUGCUGACAAAUCUGCCCAUCCUACUUGAGUAUGUCUGUAAGUGUUACCUGACCUGGUGACUUAAUUCAUUAUAACCACUGUCAUGUAAGUGAAAGGUCAUCUUUUAUGUCAUGUUCAGUUUUUGUGUAUUUCUACCAAAGCUUAUCUAACUUGAAUUCUGUCUCAAGUAUGUGCUGUGCUGACUUUGCUGAUUCAUCAUCGGUACAUACUUUUCCUCAGGCUGGUUAUUUUCAGUCACAGUAGUGUGUCUUACGUUCCUCCACCUGAUGAAGCAUUAAUUUGUUUUUGAAAGAUAUGGCCGAUACACAGCGCAAUGACUGGUUUUUAACAGACAAUAAUAUUGUAGCAUGAAGUAUACAUAUAGGGCACCUCUUCUUCUGUUUGUAACUGACAACAGUAAUGCCAUGUACUGCAUCUGGUCUGGAACCUGUUUCGAUGGCAUAUCAGCACAGUCUGCUUCAUUUGCAGUUAGUUCACUGCCAUUUUCCACCAACAUAAUGUGUGUAAU